UCCCACGGAAAAAAAAAAAUCCCUACACAGACGCAAGUAGAGAGAGAGACGGUGCCCGAGUGAGGUUUCUUAUAAAUUUGGGAUUUCUUCUGGGUAUUCACAAAUAUUACAUACUUUGUAUGUGGGUUUGUGAUUGAAGUUGGAGAAAAUGAAUCUGGGAGGUCAAGGAGCGAGAUCGAUGUCGGUGCCGAGCUAUAGUGUUUCUUGGAAGCCCGGUGAUGCUGUUUCCGACCAGUUUCCGGUGGGUCUCCGGGUACUUGUUGUCGAUGAUGACUCCACUUGUCUCAUGAUCUUAGAGAAGAUGCUUCGAAACUGCCUCUACGAAGUUACCAAAUGUAAUCGAGCAGAGAAGGCAUUAUCGCUACUACGGGAGAACAGAAAUGGGUACGAUAUUGUUAUAAGCGAUGUCCACAUGCCUGAUAUGGACGGGUUCAAACUCCUUGAGCAUGUCGGGCUUGAAAUGGACCUGCCUGUUAUCAUGAUGUCUGCGGAUGAUAGCAAAAGUGUUGUGAUGAAAGGUGUUACUCAUGGUGCAUGUGAUUAUCUAAUCAAACCGGUUCGCAUUGAGGCAUUGAGGAACAUUUGGCAGCAUGUAGUUCGGAAGAGGAAGAAUGAGUGGAAGGAUUUCGAGCAAUCGGGAAGCAUAGACGAAGGAGAACAACAGCAACAAAAGCUGUCAGAAGAUGCAGAUUUCUCAUCGUCAGCAAAUGAAGGGAGUUGGCGAAACGCAAAGAGGAGGAAAGAUGAGGAAGAUGAAGUGGAGGAGAGGGAUGACACAUCGUCAUCAAAGAAGCCACGAGUGGUUUGGUCAGUUGAGCUUCAUCAACAGUUUGUGGCAGCUGUAAAUCAACUUGGCAUUGACAAGGCUGUUCCUAAGAAAAUUCUCGAGUUGAUGAAUGUUCCUGGACUCACUCGUGAAAAUGUUGCUAGCCACCUUCAGCUGUUACUUGGCAUGUUUUCCCCCCAGCUUCCUCUAUGGAGCACUCACAACUGCAACAAUUUGGUGCAGAAAUAUCGGCUCUACCUUAGAAGGCUAAGCGGAGUAUCACACCACCAGAGCGGACUCAAUAACUCUUUUGUGGGGCCUGCAGAUGCGACCUUUGGGCCGAUAUCUUCAUUCAACGGGCUCGAUUUUCAAGCUCUGGCCGCCACUGGUCAAAUCCCGGCACAAAGUCUUGCUUCGCUCCAAGCAGCGGCUCUAGGUAGGUCAACUGCUAAAUCUGGCAUAUCCGUGCCCCUUAUUGAUCAAAGAAACCUUUUCAGCUUUGAAAUGCCAAAAAGAUUUGAAACGCCACAACCGAGCAAUAAUAAUAAGCAAAUUAACUUACUUCAUGGAAUCCCAACCACCAUGGAGCCGAAGCAACUUGCGAACUUGCACCAAUCUGUACAGUCCUUCCGGGGCAUGAAUAAUAUGCAAACCAACCCACAUGGAAGCCAGAGUAGCUCUUUACUCGUGCAAAUGUCUCAACCACAUUCGAGACCACAGAUGUUGAACGAUACUAAUGCCAAUCAUCUUUUGAGGCUUCCAUCGUCCAUUGCUCCGCCUGCAUUGUCCACUGGAAUGACAAGUGGUGUUUUGGUGUCCAUUGCUCCGCCUGCGUUGUCCACUGGAAUGACUAGUGGGGUUUUUUCAAGAAAUGGAAUAGCCGACAAUGCCAGAGGGACGGUAUACAAUUCAGUUUCUCAACCCUCUUCAAUGGUGGAUUUCUCAAUAGACCGAAACACGGAUUUGCCACGCAAUGGUUUUCUGCUUGGGAAUAAUUCAGGGAUGUCCGGGAUCACAUCCAAAGCGGCGCUCCAAGAAGAGGGUAAUUCAGGAAUGAAAGGAUCUAGAGGAUUUGCUCCUAGUUAUGAUAUUUUUAGUGAUUUGCAUCAGCAUAAAUCGCAAGAUUGGGAGUUACAAAGUCUAGGAUUGAACUUUGACACCUCCCAACAUGUGAACAUGCAAGGCAACAUUGAUGUCCCACCGUCAGUUUUUGUUGACCAAAGUUUUUCUUCUUGCCAAAACAAUGCACAUAACAGAAAUACAUCUAUCGGUAAGGGAAUUUUCUCAGUUGGGGAAGACAGUGGAAAUGGAACCAUUGAACAAUAUAGUCAGGAGGACCUUAUGAGUGCACUUCUCAAGCAGCAGCAGGAAGGCAUUGGACCGGCUUCAAAUGAGUUUGGCUUUGAUGGGUAUUCCUUGGAUAAUCUCCCUGUAUAGACACGCCUCAGCUCCAGCUCUCCCUAUACUUGCAGUUUCUGGUGUACAUAGUUACUGUUACCACUGAAUUUAACCCAUUCCUUCCUUCAACCAAAUGGUGAAAAUUCAGUUUCCUAAUUACUUCAAUACAUGGGAUCUUGAUUUUACUUUGCUGCAUCGUUUGGUUGUGAACAAUUCGCCAUGCUUGAUCAAUUUUGGAGUUUAGGGUUAGGGUAAACAAGUCAUUUGAUUGCUCAAGAUACAAGUCUUGGUACUUUUUCUUUUCAUGUUUAUUUACUUCUCCGUAAUUUUAAAAAGAUUGUAUUCUUUGUGUUUCCAUAAACUCUGCUGAUGAUCACCAUUGGUUUCAUCUCAAAAUCAUGAAAGUCACUUUUUGUUUUC